AUGUGGGCUCGUCUGGCGGUCGUCGUGUGUCUUCUCGGUCUUCUGGGCGGCCCAUUCCCUGGGCCACCAGCCCUGGUGGUCCAGGCAGACCUCAACGUGACGCUGCUCCACUCGCAGGACAACUUCGGGGCGUGGUGCCGCUCGACGGGGGCAACGCACCUGCCCGGCCCGCCCUACUACAACACGUCGCGCGCCGGCAGCCAGUGCUACGGCGGCCUGGCCCGGCGCAGCGGCGUGGUGGCCCAGGUGCGGGCCGAGGUGGCCAACCUGGUGCUGGUCGACGCGGGCAACGCCAACGUCGGCUCGCUGUUCUACUUGACCUUCGGGUCGGAGGUGAUCGCCACCUACUACGCCGACAUGGGCUACGACGCGGUCAAGAUCGAGGUCCACGACUUUGUGGGGCGGGUGCCGCAGAUCGCCAACUUCACGCGGCUGGUGGCCCCCGUCCCGGUGGUGACGGCCAACGUGGUCAACCUCAACAACGACUCGCGCUUCGUCGAGAACGGCGGCGUGCCGGUGCAGCCCUACGCCUUGGCGGACCUGGCCGGGGGCCAGCGCGUGGGCUACGUGGGCACGACGGCGGCCAACCUCAACAGCUUCUUCGGCGAGCCGCGCCUGGUGGACUCCACCAGCGAGCUGCUGGCUAUGCGCAACACUGUGGCGCUACUGCAGAACAUGGGCAUCAACAAGAUCGUGGCGGCGGUGAGCGGCCCGAACGUGGUGGACGACAUCGUGAACCAGGUGCCCGGCAUCGACGUCAUCAUCGUCAUCUCCGACAUCUACGGCACCAACCUCACCAUCACCACGCCCACGUCGGGUCCCUAUCCGACUGUGCGGCAGAUGCCCUGGGGCCAGCCCGUGCUCAUCGUCGCCACCGGCGCCAACAACGGCAAGUUCCUCGGGCGGCUCGACCUGGUCUUCGACGACUUCGGCGUGAUCAAGUCGUGGAGCGGCGCGCCGAUCCUGCUCGACAACUCGUCGCCGGUCGACCAGGUGAUGCACGCCGACAUCAUCCAGCGGCAGGUGGUGGUCAACAACCAGUCGUCGCGGGUGGUGGGCAGCACGGCGCAGAACCUGGGCUGGGAGAACCAGUGCAUGUUCGGCGAGUGCACGCUGGGCCUGUGGACCACCGACGCCCUGAGGCGGGCGACGCCCAACGUGCAGAUCGCGUGGUACAACGGCGGGUCGAUGUACGCGCCCAUCGCGCCGGGCAACAUCACGCUGGGCCAGGUCCAGACCGCGAUGCCGCUGCUCAACUCGGAGCUCCACACGUGCGAGCUCGCGGGCGAGUACCUCUGGGCCGCGAUGGAGAACUCGCUGCUGCUGGUCACCAACCGCUCGCUCAACAUCAACCAGGGCAUAGGGCGCUUCCUGUCGGUGUCGGGCAUGCGCAUGCUCUACAACCCCGACGAGCAGCCGGGCAUGCGCGCGGUCGAGGUCUGGCUCGAGCAGGCCGACGGCCGCCUGGUACCGAUCGACCGCGCCGCGUACUACGUCGUCGCCACGUCGCGCUUCGUCUGGGCCGGCGGCGACGGCUUCACCAUGAUGCCGGCCCACUGCCGCAACUCCAAGCCGCAGGGCCUCACCGCGCUCAACGUCUGGCUCUCCGACCUCGAGACCUACUCGCCCAUCAACAACCUCGCGGCCGGGCGGCUCACCGUCACCACGACCCUCUCGCGCCGCGACUGCCUCGCGGCCGACGGCCAGGUGUGCAGCGGCAACGGGUACUGCUACGUGGGCGCGUGCCAGUGCACCGUGGCCGGGGCCUCGGCCUCGACGCGGCCUCGACCGACUCGGGCUCCGGCGACCCUGUCGUCGGGCUCAAUCGCGGGCAUCGUGGUGGGCGCGGCGGCGGGCGGCUGCUGCGUGCUGCUGGUGGUGAUCGUGGUCACGGCCCUCCUGGCAUCGAUGCGCAAGCGGCCUGUGGAGCAGGAGUGGAUGAUCGAUUUCGACGAGCUCGAGAUGGGCGACAUGCUGGGCCGCGGCGGGUUCGGCGAGGUGCACAAGGGCCGGUGGAAGGGCACCGAGGUGGCGGUCAAGACCAUCAGCGCCGAGCACAUCACGCGCGAGAUGAAGUCGAAUUUCAUCGGACGAAACAUCGAUCAUGAGCCCCCCCUCCUCUGCAUCGUCAUGGAGUACAUGACCCUCGGCUCCCUCUACGACCUGCUCCACAAUGAGCUGGUGGCCGAUAUCCCCUUCCAGCUGAAGCUGAAGCUCAUGUACCAGGCGGCGAAGGGCAUGCACUUCCUCCACUCGUCGGGCGUGGCCCACCGCGACCUCAAGUCGCUCAACCUGCUCCUCGACUCCAAGUGGAAUGUCAAGGUGGCGGACUUUGGCCUCACCGUGUUCAAGGACUCGAUGCGACGCAAGGGCGACGAACGACGCGACAGCCAGCGCAACGGCGACGGCGGUGCGAUGGUGGGCAGCGUGCCGUGGAUGGCGCCCGAGCUCCUGCAGGAGACGCCCGACGCCGAUUUCGUGCUGGCCGACGUCUACGCCUACGGCAUCAUCAUGUGGGAGGUCUUCACACGCAAGAAGCCCUACGACGGCCUCACGGCGCCCCAGGUGGCCGUGGCCGUGAUCCGCAACGACCUGCGGCCCACACUGCCCAGCGCGAGCCAGAUGACCGAGGCCGAGCGCCAGUACGUCGAGCUCCUGGGCAGCUGCUGGCACCGCGACACCACCGUGCGCCCGGUCUUCCUCGACGUCAUGAACGACAUCGUCAAGAUCGGCAACGCCGGCGGGAGCGGCACGAGCGGCAUCUUCUCGUCGAGCACCUACGGCAGCAGUAGCAGCGCCGGCAGCAGCCUGCCGGAUCAUCAGCAGUUCUCAAGCGGCGGCCGCAGCGGCAACUCGGCGAGCAAGAGCUCGGCCGGCUCGUCGUCGAAGAGCGACUACGCGUCGGGCGAGGUGGCGCCGGCGGCCAAGGGCGGUGAGGGCGUGCCGCGGCGCGACGUGUCGUUCGUCGUGUGCGAUCUGGCGCGGUUCGACGACGUGUGGAGCCGCGACCCGGCCGGGGCCGACAAGGCCAUUGGCCAGUUCGGCAAGAUGGUGCGCCUGCGGUGCGCCGUGCACGGCGGACACAUCUUCUCUCAGCCCAGCUUCCACAGCGGCGGCACCUUCAUGAUCGCCUUCUCCAAGCCGGCCAAGGCCGCGCUGUUCGCUCUCGAGUUCCAGUACGAGGUGUCGGCCCUGGCUAGCGGCGGCGGCGGCGGACAUGCGAGCCUGCUGCGCGAUCACGCACGAGUGAGCGUGUCGUUCAGGGCGGGCCUGACCAUGGCGCCCGCCGACGACCGCACGCGUACGACCUACGAGGCCAAGGACUACGAGGACGUGCUGUGGCUCAACACCUGCUGUCCGCCGGGCGCCGUCGUGUGCUCGGCGGCCUUCCGCGACAGCUACACCCGCGCCCGCACGGCCGGCGUGAGCGAGAACGUUGGCUUUGUCGAGCGCCGCGACGGAUCGGUGCUGAUGAUGCGCGAAGGUGAGGAGCCGGCCGACGCGGCCGACAACGAGGAUGACGACAGCGACAGCGACGCCGAGGAGCACUACGACGAGCGAGACCACAGCAACGUUACGCGAAGGGACCGCGAGGCGGGCGUGUGCUCCUCGAACAUGUGCCCCAUGGGCGAGCGCAUCGGCGAGGGCAACUACGGCCAGGUGCUCGAGGGCGUCUACCACGGGCGCAAGGUGGCCAUCAAGCGGCUCUUCAACAGCCGACUGGACGACGAAGGCAUGCGCAAGAUGCGCAAGGAGGCGGCGAUCCUCUCCGGCAUUGACCACCCACGGGUGGUCAAGCUCAUGGGCCUCUCGGUGGCCGACGGCAAGCUGCUGCUGGUCAUGGAGCUCGUGCCUCGGGGCAGCCUGCGCGCGCUGCUCUCCAACUCGUCGGUCAGCUUCAAGUGGCAGAAGCGGCUGGCCAUGCUGCGCGACGCCGCCGUCGGCAUCGCGUUCCUCCACUCCAAGGGCAUCGUGCACCGCGACAUCAAGUCGUCGAACCUGCUCGUCGACGACAACCUGAGCGUCAAGGUGGGCGACUUCGGCUUCGCCACGGCCAAGCAUGACAACGGCACCAUGACUCGCUGUGGCACGCCGUCGUGGACCGCGCCCGAGGUGCUGGCGCCCUCUACUCUCGCCACCGCCCAGAGCUCGUCGUCCGAGCACAGCGACAACGACGAGAAGAUGAAGACGAAGACGAUGAAGGCCAAGACCGGCCCGAUCAGCGAGAAGGCCGACGUCUACAGCUUCGGCAUCGUGAUGUGGGAGGUGCUCACCCGACGGACGCCGUACGAGGACGGCAACAUGAUGACCGUGGCGCUGGACGUGCUGCAGGGCAAGCGGCCCAAGGUGCCCAACGACUGCCCGUCCAAGUUCGCCGAGAUCAUGCAGCGCUGCUGGCACCAGAAGCCGCAGAAGAGGCCCACCAUGGACGACGUCCUCAUGUACCUCAACAGCGAACUCAAGGACUUCGCCCCGCUCUGA